AUGAACAAGUCCACAGUGAUCUCUGUGAUGGUUAUGGCCACACUGGUCAUGAUCAUGUUAUCAUGGACAUCCAAUACACACGCACACUCUUUGCGUAGUGAACUUUCUCAACUUGCUUCGAUCAAAGCAAGAUUAGGAAACAAGUGGAAUCCAAGAAUUUACUUUUCAAACCGAAUUAAACGAAUUGCAAGAAAGUUUUCAAUUGCCAUUCCUCGUAAAUGUAAGAGAAGAGUCAUCACGGUGGAUGAAAUUGAAAAGAUUAGAAAACUCUCGAAAUGUGAAUUUUCAUCAUCGGGUGAUAACAAGGAUGACGACAAGAUUGAUUUACCACCCUUGCCACCUGUCAAACCAAAAUGUCCGCUUUUUGCUUGCCGUAAACAUUGCUUCAAUGGAUUUGAAAGAGAUAGUUCUGGAUGCCAAACAUGUAAAUGCAAACCAGAGAAGAAACCUGAAUGUCCUCAAGUGAAAUGUUCUUCUCGAUGUAAGAAUGGUUAUGUCAAAGAUGAAAAUGGAUGUCAAACAUGUCAAUGCCAAAAGAAACCAUGUCCAGUGUUGAUGUGCUUUAGAGCAUGUCCAAAUGGAUAUGAAAGAGAUGAGAACGGUUGUGUGACUUGUGGUUGCAAGCCAUCUGACAAGCCAUCAGAUAAACCAUCAGACAAGCCAUCAGACAAACCAUCUGAUAAACCAUCUGAUAAACCAUCUGACAAGCCAACUGAGAAACCAAAUGAUCGACCAUCUGAUAAACCAUCUGACAAACCAAGUGACAAGCCUUCAGACAAACCAUCUGAUAAACCAUCUGACAAGCCAUCAGACAAACCAUCUGAUAAACCAGAUAGACCAGGUGAUGAUAGACCACCAAAACCAUCUUGUCCUCUCUUCAAAUGUGCUCCAUGUCCAUUUGGUUACAGAAGAAACGCAGACGGCUGUCAAACCUGUCAAUGUUUGAGAAGAGUAUGUCCAAAAUAUGGUUGUAGAAGAUUUUGUAAGAAUGGUUUCAAGAUUGACAAACAUGGUUGUCCAACCUGUGCCUGUAAUGAAGUUCCUCAAGCAUGUCCACAAAGAAGAUGUAAAAUGUAUUGUAAACAUGGAUUCAAGACUGGACCUGAUGGAUGUGAAAUUUGUUCAUGCAAAACAAAACCAAGACCAUGUCCACGAAGAAGAUGUAUGAGACAUUGUUUCUUGGGCUUUAAGAGCGAUUCGAAAGGAUGUCCAACUUGUCAAUGCAACACUCCAAAACCAAAACCACAAUGUCCACAAUAUAGAUGUCUCAGAUAUUGUCCAAAUGGAUACAAGUUCAAUUCCAAGGGAUGUCAAACUUGUUCAUGCAAGCCACAAACUGAAUGUCCAUUGAGAAAAUGUUCAAGACAUUGCAAGAAUGGUUACAAGAGAGAUUCUAAUGGUUGUGCCACUUGUACUUGCAUUCCAGAUACCAACAGAUGUCCACAACGAAGAUGUAAGAGACAUUGCUUUGCUGGAUUCAAGAAUGAUGAGAAAGGUUGUCCAACUUGUCAAUGCAACAUUCCUAAACCAACACCAAAUACUUGUCGUCAAUUCAGAUGUCGUAUGUUCUGUCCAGGUGGAUAUCGUUUGGAUGCAAAGGGUUGUCCAACAUGUAGCUGUAAGCGAACCAUUCCUCCAGUAAGACCCCCAAGACCACCCGUGAGACCACCUGUUCGACCACCAGUUAGACCUCCUCGUCCUCCAGUGAGACCACCUUGGAGACCUCCAGUGAGACCAUGGAGACCACCUGUUCGACCACCUUGGAGACCUCCUGUCAGACCUUGGAGACCACCAGUCGUGAGACCUCCUCGUCCUCCUGUUCGACCUCCUGUCAGACCAUGGAGACCACGUGUACCAAGAUGGAGACCAAGAGGACGUGGUCGUGGUGAUCCUCACUAUGUGACUUUGGAAGGAAAGGAUGUUCUUUUCAAUGGAUUGGGAGAUUUCAUUUUAGCUGAAACUGCUGAUGGUUCUCUCAUUUCUCAUGUUCGUAUUGCCAAGUGGAACGGUGAAGAAGGUAGUGCUACUGUCAAUAAGGGAGUUGCUGUCCAGAUUGGAAAUGACAUUGUGGAAUUCAGUAGUAGAAGUAGAAAAUUCUAUUUGAAUAAGGAUGAAGCUUCUUUCAAGAUUGGAAAGAAGUAUGAACUCGAUGGAGGUUACUUAUUGAGAAAGACCAAAAAGACCUUCUUGAUUAAGGCCGACAAUGGAGCUGAACUUUUCGCUGAAGUCUUUAUCUUGCACGAUGGAAGAAGUUAUAUGGAUCUUCAAGUCGAUGCUCCUGAGGACGUUGAAUUUUCAAGAGGAUUGAUUGUGAAUGGAAAGGAUAGUGGCAAAGCCAGUGGUUUGUUCCGUACUCAUAAGAGCCGAAGAAUGAUGAGAAAGACCAAGAUUGAUAUUCCUCAAUGGGCUACUGAUCAAUGUGCCAAGAGAGGAUUGACUGGUAAGAGUUUGAAGGAUUGUGCCUAUGAUGCAGCUGUGACUGGAAAGGAAUUUGCAAGUGAAAUUGCAAAAGAUGAAGCUAAAUUCAAGACAAGAUCGGACCGAGUUGCCAAGAAGAAGAGUAAUUGA